CAACUCCUUCAUGGUGUACAUGGCCUACAAGGAUUUGUACCAGAUGUCCAACACCGAGCUGUAUGAGAUAUUCAGCUGCUUGGCAGAGCUGGGUGCCAUAGCUCAAGUUCAUGCAGAGAACGGAGAUAUCAUUGCACAGGAACAAGCCAGGAUGCUGGAGAUGGGAAUCACUGGCCCUGAGGGCCACGUGCUGAGCAGACCUGAGGAGCUGGAAGCAGAAGCUGUCUUCCGGGCCAUCACUAUUGCCAGCCAGACCAACUGUCCUCUCUACGUGACUAAAGUGAUGAGCAAAAGUGCUGCUGACCUCAUCUCGCAAGCCAGGAAAAAAGGCCACGUGGUGUUUGGCGAGCCGAUCACGGCCAGCCUCGGGACCGACGGGACGCACUACUGGAGCAAGAACUGGGCCAAGGCUGCGGCGUUUGUGGUCUCUCCGCCGCUGAGCCCAGACCCAACAACUCCUGACUACAUCAACUCCCUCCUGGCCAGCGGUGACCUGCAGGUUUCGGGAAGUGCCCACUGUACGUUCAGCACUGCGCAGAAAGCCAUUGGAAAAGACAACUUCACGGUGAUCCCAGAAGGGACCAACGGCAUAGAGGAACGAAUGUCUGUCAUCUGGGACAAGGCAGUGGCCACAGGAAAGAUGGAUGAAAACCAGUUUGUGGCUGUGACGAGCACUAAUGCUGCAAAAAUCUUCAACCUGUACCCACGGAAAGGGAGAAUAGCAGUGGGCUCGGACAGUGAUCUGGUUAUCUGGGAUCCUGAUGCAGUGAAGAUCGUCACGGCAAAAACCCAUCAGUCUGUGGCUGAAUACAACAUCUUUGAAGGGAUGGAGCUUCGUGGGGCCCCGCUGCUUGUCAUAUGCCAGGGGAAGAUCGUGCUGGAGGAUGGCAACCUGCAUGUGACUCAGGGGUUUGGACGCUUCCUGCCCUGCAGCCCUUUCCCUGACUAUGUCUACAAGCGCAUCAAAGCCAGGAGGAAGAUGGCGGAGAUGCACGCCGUGCCCCGGGGCAUGUAUGAUGGACCUGUGUUUGACCUGACUGCCACCCCCAAGGGGGGCACCCCUGCGGGGUCAACCAGGGGGUCCCCCACACGACAGACACCCCCCGUCAGGAAUCUCCAUCAGUCUGGAUUCAGCCUGUCAGGUACCCAGAUCGAUGACGGCGUUCGCUCCGCGAGCAAGCGCAUUGUUGCGCCCCCGGGAGGCCGCUCCAACAUAACCUCCCUGAGUUAAACAUCCGUGCCGAGAAGGAAACAAAAUCCCUGUGCAAGCGAAGGAAGAAAAAUGGUACAUUGGUGUUUAAGAAGGAAAAACAAAUAAACCUGCUCUGAAGAAUCAAUAAGCCUCAAGCCUUAUGUUUCACAAAUGUUACUUGCUACCUAGCUUUAAAGAAAUUGCUUCAUUUUGUUUUAUGCAUAGCCUUAAAAUUCUGUUGUUGCUGUGGGUUUGGUGGGGUUGUGUUUUUACUCUUCCUUUCUGUAUGCAUGCCACUCAGACAGGUCGCUCAGUCCAGUGUGUUAUUGGUGUGGAACGCAUCUGGGAUGCCGUGGUGUGGGACAGCAGGAACGCCCC